GACAGAAAACUAGGCAUCCUCUCAAGGGGGAAGGUUGGGAUGUUCAAAGCACCAUAAUGAUGAUUAUUAAGGUUGAAAAUGUUAUCAGUGCGUAGAGAAGCAGAAAGGUCUUGUAGCAGUACGAAAGGUUCCAUACACGAUCGUAAAGUUAAGCAGCUUUGGUAAUAUCCGAAUCCAAUACUGUGUGUCUUGACUUUAAAUAGUAUCAGUUUUUAGUCUUUAUGGAAGGUACAAUUCAUAUUGGUAAACAACUUCAGCAGAUCGCGACGCUGUUCCAUAAGCAAACAGCAAAAUCGAUAAUCCUAGGAUAGUCAUCAUAGCUGUAUUAGUAAUGUUUUAGUAUUAAUCAUAGCAGAAAAAGAAAAGCGUAUUAUACGAGAUAUCAGAGCGGUAAUAGUCUUGCACUAUGAUAAAUGGCUGUGAAGUGACGGUGACUGUGAAGUAGCUGGAUAACAGGCGUCGCGAGGCAAGAGUCCAAGAAGUAACUUCUGUUAUUCCCUGUGACAUUCAUUCUGAACGGAGGGAGGUGUCGCUGGAAAGCACGGCAAAGAAGUACAAGUUACCACGUUGGGGUGAACACUCUUAUGGCGCUGGUGUUGAGCGACGUACUGGGUGUGGGGUUGCAGGUGCUGGAUUUUACUAUGAGCUAUAUGCCCACUUCUAUGCCAUAUGUGCCAUUCCCUGCACCUUCACCAACACAACAGCCGUGCACAAUGAGCGUCAGCCCGCCUGCUGGUGGUAUUCCUUCUCCCAAUUCUGCACUUUUAGCCUCGGUGGAAAUGACUGAUGAUCCUGUCACCAAAGCUGUAAUGGAAAAUGUUUUAGGACGUUUGCCAACUAAAAAGCCCAGGACUACUGUAAAAUGUGAUGUCUGCAAUUUGGAAUUUGCUUCACAAACAGUUUUAGAUUCCCAUGUGGCUGGCUACAAACACCAGCGUAAGGUAAAAUCAGCAGAUCUCAUGAAAACCUUAGAGGAAAAUGAAAUUGGAUUUGAGCGUGAUGAGGUCAGUGGAGUCAUUCGAUGUACUGUGUGUGAUGUGACAGUUAAUUCUCCACAACUGUUAGCAACACACAUUGCUGGCAACAAGCAUAAGCAAAAGGCAGCUAAACGAGCAUCAGGUGAAGGUGGCGGUCCACCUCCAAAGAAGUCCUGCAGCGGCUCAGGGGUCACAGGCCAGUCAGCACCCCUCAGCAGCAAUGGUGGAGUGGAAGACAACACAGCAUAUCCCAAUGGCAACUCUGCAGUCCGCAAAUCCUUGGACGCAGACUUAGAGAUCCCAGAGUGUGUUACUAAGUUGGAGGAGACAAAAGGUGGUGGCAAAUACCUCUGUAACCCAUGCCAGGCACACUGUAAUUCUGGCCAACAACUAGCACAGCAUUUGUCCUCCAAGAAACACCAGGAUAAGCUGAGUGGCCGCAAGCCCAAAGGAGGAGGUUCUUGGCGGGGCAGGCGACGCCCUCCCUUCCGCGGAGGACGAGGUGGACGUCCUCGAUCCCACACAUACACUCAGCCUUUGUCAAGCAACUUUGUUGCAGGAGGAGCCUUGAUGUAAGGCGCAAUAAAGUGUUACUUAGUGUUAGGUUUAUUAUUUAGAAGCUGUCUCUGUCAAGAUAGGUACAACUUGUGUUCAUGUCCAACUACUUCUUUCAUGCAUAUAGGUCCUGUAUUUUAGGUCAUUGUAUGAAUAUCAGAAUUGAUUAGGAGAAUUGUAUGCUUAGUAUAUUCUGCUUAAUUUUAUAGUUUGAUAAUAAUAGUUAGGAUAUAUGAAAGGUGAGAAUAAAGAAGUUUAUUAGAAAGAUGAAGUAGACUACAGUUUUUGUUUCUAUUCCAAAGCUAAAGUUUGGAUAUUAUUAUUUUAUUUUCAACUUGCCCACACUGUCUUUUAAUCUGAUAUAGAAUAUGACUAUGUGUAGACAAACUGUUUGAUUAGGUUGAUACUACUCUGUGUCCUGAAAUAUCAUAUACAAUUGUUUUCAACAUAACAUGACAUGUUCAGUCUACUUAGUUUGAAUUAUCCUGUGUCAAGUUUUCAUUUGAUGUUUUCAUGGUUAUGAUAUGAACUGUAAUGCUGGUAUACCAUUGAUGUUCAGAAUAUAUAUUAGAUAAAAUAUUUCUCACAGGAAGAAUUUCUUUUGUUGAAUUCUUAGAACUGAUGUUAAGUUAAGAGUACCUCAUUAGUGAUGAGGUGUACCUUUUAUUGCUAAAAGGACGUGAUACAUCAUGAAAGAUAUCACAGUAUUUAAUUACAACACAACAGCCUCAUCUUAAAUGGAUGAAUGAAAGGAACUGCCAUGAUAUUUCCAUGUGUAUAGCGGUAUUGCUAGAUAUGUCAUUUUUUCAAAAUGUGGAAUCCAAGGUCCUUCACAUGAAACUAAUGUUGAAGAUGAUGUAUACGUGCACACAUGAUGAGCUCUUAUGUGAAUGGCUUUCUUUCAUCAGCAUAGGAAUGGCUUUCUUUCAUCAUGUGAAUGGCUUUAUUUCAUCUCGUAUACAAGAAGGUGACAUUUGCUAUUACUGCUUGCAGUCUUAGCUGUUUGCAUAUUACUGUAGUAGACCCUUGGAUAAAUUUUUAAAAUUUAUUUUUAAUACUUGCCAUCCUUGGUUCUCAGCAAGCAUUUUUUCUUUUCUUUUCUUUUUUCUUCUUCUCAAUCCAUGGAUUUGAAUAGUGCUGUACAACACAACUACCCAAUAUGGAUAGGUCAUUUUGUCUCAUUUUUCUAUGCAUGAUACUCUGUACUAUGAUAGGAAAUUGUAUGUUUAGGUACAUAAUACACUUAACUGAUAAUGUCAUGGAUUUGCUGAAAUAUUUUAAGCUUUACCAAGAAAAUUGUCUUUCCUUGCUAUAUCAUGUAUUUCCCUCUGACAUAAAUAUUAAGUAUGCAUUCUAAUACACAUGUACUUAAAGAUAAUAGAACUUGUGUAUGCUCUUUAGAUGCUUUGACCAAGGAUAACAUGUUAAUGUAAAAAAAAAAAAAAAGUAAAAAAAAAACAAGAAUGGUAUGCAUUAAUUGAGUUUACAAUGCACAUGUCCUAAGGAAUUUGAAUUGCACUAUGUUGACAAGUAGUGAGUGUCUUGUCAUCUGUUACGCUGUAUUGGGUGGCUGGAUUGAUUAACCUCUUUAAAUUCCCCAAAUAAACAGUUUGGUAGCUCAUA